CUUUCCCCGAAUCCGUGAUUGAGGCUCGGUUGCUGCGUGGGAAAGAAGCUCACAGAGAUUUAUGAAAUCAGCAGUGAAGUCAGAGGUCUGGAUUUAGCGGCACCAGAUUAUACUCCUUCAGUAUUUAAUUUUUUUGUUUAAAACUUUUCUUCAGAUCGCUGUAACGAUGAAGAGACCGUGUGAGGACACUACUUCAGACAGUGACAUGGACGAAAACAUAGAUGUUGGGAGUGAAAAUAACUAUUCAGGGCAAAGCAGUAGCUCACGCAUUAGAUCUAACUCCCCCACAACAACAUCCCAAGUUAUGGCGAGAAAGAAAAGGAGAGGGAUUAUUGAAAAGAGAAGGAGAGAUCGUAUCAAUAACAGUUUAUCAGAAUUACGUCGAUUGGUUCCCACAGCUUUUGAAAAACAGGGAUCUGCCAAAUUAGAGAAAGCGGAAAUAUUACAAAUGACGGUAGAUCAUCUAAAGAUGCUUCAGGCAACCGGAGGUAAAGGCUUUUUUGAUGUUCAUUCUCUGGCUAUGGACUUCAUGAGCAUCGGUUUUAGAGAGUGCCUAACAGAAGUCGCCAGGUACCUUAGUUCGGUUGAAGGGCUGGACACAACUGAUCCCCUGAGAGUUCGUCUGGUUUCCCAUCUCAGCACCUGUGCCUCCCAGCGGGAAGCAGUCACAAUGACUUCAUCCAUGGGGCAUCACCACCACCCACUGCACCCUCAUCACUGGGCAGCCGCUUUCCAUCACCUUCCUGCGGCACUCUUUCAGCAAAGCGGACUUCCUUCUUCGGAUAGCGCCAGUAGCAGGAUCUCAGAAGUUCAGCCACAUGGUUCUGCACUCCUUACAGCUACUUUCGCUCACUCUGACUCGGCCCUCAGAGCCCCGCUAGCUGGCAGUGUCGCGCCCUGCGUCCCACCGCUGUCUACCUCCUUUCUUUCCCUCUCAGCCACCGUUCACGCAGCUGCCGCGGCCGCAGCCUCUGCUUUCCCACUGUCUUUCUCAGGGGCAUUCCCAAUGCUCUCACCCAGCGCUGCAGUGUCAGUAGCUGCUGCUGCCGUCAGCCCGUCAGCGGCGGUCUCAUCAACUUCCGGCUCUCAACAAAGUAGCAAUGGCGGCAGCAGUAAGCCUUAUCGACCAUGGGGGACUGAAGUUGGGGCGUUUUAAUAUCCGUGCCUAAAAGGAACUUUUCAGCUCAGAUGUUGUUUGUUUGAGAUCUUCCAUCGCCGACCUGUUGAUUUUGCAAUGGGUGUUUUUAAGAUAAUUUUCCUUCCAAUUUCAAAAGUUAUACAAAUAAAUGUUUUCUUUCACUUUCUUCUUUUUUCAAGUAAUGGAACCAACCUGUAUAUCUUCAUUACGUAACAUGGGAGAAUGUUUACAUGCAUUAUACAAACUGGACAAACUAUAUAUGGCUAAUACUAACUAUGUUAUUAGCAAUUGGAUUAAAAACAUGUUUUUUGAACAACAAGCAAUAAUUAAUUAAAUAAAUAAACCAACAAUACACACUGAAAACCCUUUGUCCUUCUUAAACUUCUGCCAAGAGCGACCCUUUUUUCUGAAGGUACACUUUGUUGUAUAAUCUGGACUGGACAAGUGCACAUGAUACUUUGCAGCAACAGAAUCAGCAUUGAGGGGUGGAUUACUGUCACCACACUUUUGAAACUCUUAAAAGAGAAGGCUAUGCAGUGAAAAUGGUGCACCAGGUGCAGUCGAAAGAAAAAAGUUAAAUGGACAGAAAAAAAAAUGACAGCAAAAAUGACAAACAGCUAGAAUCACAUCCAUUUGGACUCUUGUUAUGCAGUUCCCCAGGUUUUGCAUUGUACAUGCAAGAAUUGAUCAAUCCGUGUUUUGUUAUGUUAGAACCCCUACAAAAAAAAUCUCAAAAGGCAUUGAAUGUAAAACAUGACAAAAAUCUAUGUGAUCAAAUUUGUGCUUUUAAAUAAUCAGUGGGAAGGUUGGAAUUUGGCAUUAAACCAAAAAACAAAAACAAUCAUUUAGCAAGAUCCUGAUAAAUUGCUCUAAGUGCUUCAACUCCCGAACUAAAAAUAUGUAAAUAUGUAAAUAUAUCAGAACAGGCUAGAAAGUAUAUUAAAUAUAGACACUUGCUUUUAUUAUGAUGCACUUGUAUUUCUCUGCUGUGUGGAGAAAACAUUGAAAACUUUUUUUUACAAAAAUGUAAAUUAAACAUUAAAAAAGGACUUUGAAAUAUUUGUUGUUUAAGACACUGCUAUAACUUGUUUAGCUUUUUCCCCUUUUGAGCUAUCACUUGUAACCCCCUUUUCUAUGCAUACAAAGGUCUGCAGAUAUCACUGAUUAAAAAAAAAAAACUUUUUGAA